AUGCCUCGUCGGACUCGCUCACCACCUCACUUUGAACACACCCUCGUGGACCUCGAGGAUCGGGUCAACAAGUCUCUCAUCGAUUCUUGUAAAGCCGAUGCAUGCGUUGAUAGGUUCCUCGUCCGCGUUCACCGGCUCAAUCCUUCCAUCCUGGAACAGGUGAAAUGUAGGUACUCCUAUGCCUAUCGGACUGGAAAUCCGGCAAAAGCACAGGAGGCAUUGGAAUGGAAUGGAGAGGGAGCCGAGGAGCUGCGCGAAAUUGCCUCUGAACUCCGGGAUAAUUUGAAUCGCCUUCGUCCGGGCUAUGUGGAGGAAGGCACUGAUAUUCUGACAAAUAAGAGAGUGUUUCGAAGAAUGGAAAGCCGAUGGAAGGCUAUCGGCUCCAGGGUGGCUCGGGACCGAGACUAUCUGCAGCAAACCUCCGACAAAGAUAGUCCCCUUGAAGACAAUGAGAAGCCGGAGGGUAUGGAGACAGAUGAUGUGAAAAGAGAAGACGCCGAAGCAGAAGACACAAAAACUGAGGAUAGACCAAAAAAGAAACUUCGGGCAGAUGUGUGUGGGAGAAAAGGUCUCGCACACCCCGAUGCUUGUAUCAUGGAUCGACUCCUCGACACUUUGGGUGCGGCACGUGUGGCAACAGCGGAAGAGAAGAGCACCGGGGCUUCCUCCCUAGUGACCGGUUCCUUUAAGCAGGCUUGCCGGCAGUUGAAAGACGCAAUUGAGAGCGAAACCUCGUCUGCCUCGUUUACAUGCGGAGGCAGCAUCCCGAUCGCGGAUCUCAUCGGCCCUGAGCAAUCUACAGCUGGACCUACUUCGCCCCGUGUGCAGGUGGUUCACUGGGGUGCCGAGCACGACUCCACCGCACAAAAGCUCACGCUGCCGGUGCCAAGUGAGACCAAUUCUUCUUCAAUUCAUGGGCUCCAAUCCCUUCUUGAUGCUUGCCAGCCUGCGAGCUUUGGUAGGGGUGGACAGGACAUCCUUGACCCCGAAUACCGCCGGGCGGGCAAGCUCGACACUGACCGAUUUCUGACAAGCUUCCACCCAGCUGACUUUGGCAUAAUUGAGCUUAUUGAGCAGAUCCUUUUACCUGGGAUAAGCAGUGAGACUGAGAAUAGGCUGCAGUUCCGCAAGCUGAAGGCUGAGUUGUACAAAUUGAAUGUAUACUCGGGACCCUCUGGGCUUUUCCGCAAACACUUCGAGGGGGGCAACCUGGCUGUGCAGCAUCACGGGCAGGAGACCAACUUUGAUUGGAGUCGGCAGAGUAGCUCUAGCAUCCAAUGGGCUGCAUUCUAUUCGGAUUGCGAGCAUGAGAUCAAGACGAUCAAAUCAGGCCAUCGGAUCACUCUCACAUACAAUCUGUAUGUACGGGAGAUGCCCGGUGCCAUACUCGCUCCCAUUCGUCCCGUCCUCGAUCCACAGACUCUCCCGCUCUAUGGGUUGAUCGAAAGUCUACUGACCACCCCUGGGUUUAUGAAUGAUGGCGGCGUGAUAGGGGUCUUCUGCUCCCAUGCCUAUCCCCAUUCCUCGGGUCUAGCCGAACUUCUACUUCCGCGUGCCUUGAAGGGCGCCGACCUUGUAGUCUAUGCUGUUUUCGAGGCACUCGGUAUAGACGUGAGCAUCCUCCCAAUCCUAGAACCCCAGGAAGACUCUGUAGGUUUUGAUGUUCCCGAGGAGAGUGACCCCGAGCAAGGCCCGGACUCUGAGGAAGACUCAGACUCUGAUGGGGAGUAUUGGUCCCAGAGAUGCUACAACCGUUCUGGGCCACAAAAGUACCUGAAGGAGGGCAAAGAGUAUCCUCUCAAGUACAGCGAGUUGUACCCCUGGAAGUCCAGUAAUGCUCUUCUUGACGUGGAUCAGCACUGGAAGCGGCUAUUGUUGACACGCGAAGUACAUGACAUGAAAGAUGCCUUCGCGUUUGGAAAAAAGUACCAUCUGCCAAAGAAGCCAAACAGCAUUCACCGGGCAGGGCGUGCCCGUGUGGCCCCGCGUCUCCAAAGGUACUUCAACACUGAUCGCGGAGAGGAGGAGGACCUCAAACAGGUGACCAACGAUGUCUGGCCGUCAUAUACCCUCCCCGGAAUUACCUGGAUUAGCAAGCCCAAGCAUCGAGAGAUGGCAUUUUCUCACAUUUCCUAUGGCAACGAAGCUGGCAUCGGCACUUGUUAUUCCUGUGCGGCGAUCCUGGCUGCCAUUCCGCCCUUCAGUCAACGCGGUCACAGCGGGAAGAUGAAGUAGUCCAGGGAGAGUAGCAGAAAUCUCCUCAUGAAAUGAGACUGAGUGAGCAAUUGCUACUCGCUCUGCAUGCUUUGUUAGUUAGUUGCCAUGAAAUUGAAC